AUGGAAUUGGAGGAACCCAAGAUAGAUAUAACUUCAAAGGAACUCAUAAAACCAUCAUCUCCAACUCCGCAGAAUAAGAAAGAGCUUAAACUGUCAUUGCUAGAUCAGAAAAUACCCGUGCUUUUCUUCCCCGUUAUUUUCUUCUACCGGAAACUGCCUCCUUUUCCUGCGUUAGAAAAUAGUACUAGUACUAAUAUUGUUGAUCCUCCUACCAAAACGAUCCUGGAACUAAAGCAGUCUUUAUCAAAAUGUUUAACAAAGUUUUACCCCUUGGCAGGAAAGCUUGCUCCAGAUCUUCGUUCCGUCGAGUGCGAUGAUUCUGGAGCUCUGUUUGUGGAAGCCAAGGUUCAUGCAACUCUCUCACAAGCCGUCCGAAAUGCUCCCACCGGCGAAAACUUGGUACAAUACUUGCCAUUUGACACAUUCUGCAAUGCUGCUGAUGAUGAUGAAGUGCUGUUAUUAGGCACUUACCCAAUAAAUGAAAUACUAUUAGCUGUUCAAUUCAGCUGGUUUGAAUGUGGUAGCAUUUGCAUUGGGGUAUGCGUGUCCCACAAAAUCGCUGAUAUCAAUUCCUUGACGGUUUUCAUGAAUUCAUGGGCGGCUUUGAAUAGGGGAUCAGAUACUAUAACUACUAAUUAUGAAUCAUUAUCUCCCAAUUUUGAAUUAGGGAGACAUCUGUUUCCUCCAGGGGAUGAUUAUGUUUCUCCUAGUAGUAAUUUUGCUCCAACUCCGCAAGGGUUCAACCACAAGGGGAAGAAGAAGGAAUUUAUGUACAAGCGUUUUUCUUUCAGUAAGAAAAAUUUGAAGGAAUUGAAACAACAAGUGGUUCCGCGGCCAGGAAUAUUAUUGAAGGAACAAGCCACCAAAGUGGAAGUUGUUAUCGCUUUCCUGUGGAAGCAUCUGAUCAAUGCGGCCCGAGCCAAGAAUGACGAACACCGUGACAUGAUGGCCAGGAUCUCGGUUGUAAUCAACUUGAGAAGCCGUAUGAGCAGUUUGGUGUCGGCCUUGUCGAAAAUGGAGUUUCCUUUCGGAAAUCUUGUCUUUGUCGGAACUGCUGAAUUUAUCAGUCCUGGUAGGAAUUAUGGGGAUGUUUAUGGGGAUCUAGUUUGCCUAACAAGAGAUGCAACAAGGCAAGUCAAGGAGGAUUACAUAUUCAAGUAUGCAGUUCCUUUCCUACGAAAUGACUUGGGCACAAAUGAUAGCAUAACAGAUCAUAUUGGUCAGCAACAAGUACAACAAUGGACUUUUAGCAGCUGGUGCAGAUCUUCAACCUACGAGGUGGACUUCGGAUGGGGCAAACCCACAUUAGUUGGACCAGCUGGUAAACCAAAUACGAGCGGGUCAGUUGUCUUAACUAGCAGAAGCUCUUAUGAGGACGAAAUCGAUGCAUGGAUCACCAUUUCCGAAGAUGAUUUAGCUUCCCUACCACACGAGCUUCUUUCACUAGCGCCUGCCGAUUUCUUUCCAGUGAAUUGA